GUGCUUCUGUUCCAGUUCUCUGCUCUCCAGCUCUGAACUCCCCCAGGCCCCCUCCUCGCUUCUUCUCCCUCCCCCUGCCUGCCUUUCCUCUUUCCAGUCUCAGCGUGAGCCCCAUGACCAAUACCCUGGGUGGGGGGCAGGUGGAGAGGGUGAGGGAGGUCCAGGGUGGCUGAGCAUCCGCCAGGGACUGCAGGGCUAGCUAGCAUCCUUGGGAGUGACAGAUGGACAGUCUCCGGCUCACAGGGAGACAUCCAGUGGAGAAAUGUGGAGAGACAAGAGCAGAAGGGGUUGGUUGGGGGGGUGGGGGGACUAAAAUGCCCGGAGAACAGGUCCAGAGAUUUCCAGAUUGCCUAGGGCAUCCCAGUGCUGCAGGAACCGCACUGUGGAACACGCUGUUCCACUUGUGUUUAUGCAACUGUUGAACACAUGUCAACACGACCUACCGCGUUGCCAUGUCUAUAAGUGGGAACACAUAGGCCAGCCCCAAGGAACCCACAGCACGAGGACAGCCGGCUGGGUCUGUGUGCGAGAGCGUGUUGCCAUUGACCCAAAAGAGAAGCAAGAGUUCUGACCUGGAAACAAGACUGACAGCAAGGGGGAGGGGGUGCUGGCCUAGAUACAACCGCUCUGUGACCCCAGAAUGAGACAGGGCUUCUCACCGCAUCUCUCUCUCCCCUGCCUCCUUCCUAUCUCCCGGCUAUGUCUGUGGUCUCUGCCCUGGUCCCAUUCCCAGGCCUCCCAGACUCAGUCCCUCACACUUCCCCGCCGCCCUACAAUGCCCCCCAGCCCCCAGCCGAGGCCCCCGCCCCUCCCCCACAGGCAACCCCCUCCUCGCACCAUCAUCACCACCACCACUACCACCAAUCUGGCACCGCCACCCUCCCGCGUUUAGGAGCCGGCGGCCUGGCCUCCUCUUCGGCCGCGGCUCAGCGCGGUCCCUCGUCCUCGGCCACGCUGCCACGGCCCCCCCACCACGCCCCGCCCGGCCCGGCCGCCGGGGCGCCCCCGCCAGGAUGUGCUACCUUGCCCCGCAUGCCACCCGACCCUUAUCUGCAGGAGACUCGCUUCGAGGGUCCGCUUCCCCCGCCGCCGCCGGCCGCCGCCGCCCCCCCACCGCCGCCGCCCGCCCAGACCACCCAGGCCCCGGGCUUCGUGGUGCCCACGCACGCGGGGACGGUGGGCACGUUGCCUCUGGGGGGCUACGUGGCACCCGGCUACCCGCUGCAGCUGCAGCCAUGCACUGCUUAUGUGCCGGUCUACCCGGUGGGUACGCCCUACACAGGCGGGACCCCAGGAGGAACCGGAGUGACCUCCACCCUACCCCCGCCGCCCCAGGGCCCAGGCCUGGCCCUCCUGGAGCCGAGGCGCCCGCCCCACGACUACAUGCCCAUCGCGGUGCUGACCACCAUCUGCUGCUUCUGGCCCACCGGCAUCAUCGCCAUCUUCAAGGCCGUGCAGGUGCGCACGGCCCUCGCCCGCGGAGACAUGGUGUCUGCCGAGAUCGCUUCGCGCGAGGCCCGGAAUUUCUCCUUCAUCUCCCUAGCUGUGGGCAUCGCGGCCAUGGUGCUGUGUACCAUCCUGACCGUAGUCAUCAUCAUCGCCGCGCAGCACCACGAGAACUAUUGGGAUCCUUAGACUCGCACCCCGCCGGGCCCCACUCUGCGUCCCUCGACCUCCCAGGCGUCUGCCGCAGUCCGGCCGCGGACCCGGGGGACGUCCUGCACACGCGCCUCGGGGGCCGCCGUGCUGAAGUGCAUCCUAAACUCCGCCUCCAC